ACAGAAACAAGAGUUUGAAUCUUUGAAAAACGCGGGAAAUGUGUCGUUGGCCUGUCUGCCACUUUGAGGUUCAAUCACUCUUCCUCGGACUUCUGCAUUCUGCGUCUGCGAUCAUAAACAAGUCUGUCUACAGUAAAGAAUACCUUGGAGUCUAUCUGGGAUCAUGGAUUUUGACUUCACCAUACCACUAAACCUUGAUGAUCUUCUCCACAAUGAAUCACCUUUUUAUGUCGUUCGAGAAGUUGCCACACUUCGUGAGCUGAAAACUAAAAUUGAAGAGAGCAGGAGGUCUUUAGCUGAAGAUGGAUGUUCCUUCAUUCUUGAGCACUUUGACACUCUUUUCUCAUUUUUGGUUCAAGCAAAGGAUUUAGAUAUUCGAGGGCUGACACCAGUUCUACAUCAAUCAAUUUUAGGUAUCGAGCAGAUGGUGAAUUGUUUCCCACAUUUGAUAGAAGAUGAUAUGCAUCCAGAUCAGCGGAAAAAAUUUCUUAAUAUAGCAAAAAUGAUCAUUUUCAUAUUUGGUCAUGCAUUUAAAAUUAUAGAAGAUAAGAGAUUAGGGAAGGAUAUGCUCUUUGAUAUUAAGGGAAGGAAGAAAACGGCAAAGUCGAUUGAACAAGACUCCUGGGAUGAUGACCGAAAUCAAUCUCUCUAUGCGCUAUAUGGCUUCGUUCAAUUGCCAAUCCAAAAACUAUGGAAUCCACCUGUAGUUGAGGAAGAUUUUGUAAGCUUGAUCUCUAAUGCAUGCUACAAAAUGUUAGAGGAUCCUGGAAUAAGCGCAGCCAAAAUGAGACCAGUGAGGGAGUCCAUAUUCCAAAUUUUGGGUACUUUGGUUUCGAGAUUUCAGCAUGGCUUGAGCUGUACAGUGAAAAUUGUUCAACUUCUAAAAAUUUAUGAACACCUUUGCACACCUCUAGCAGAGUGUGUGAUAGCAUUGGUGCAAGACUAUGGAUGUCGUGGAUUUCUCAAAGAAAUUGUCCGAGAAAUAAGUGAAUCUGAUUCCAUUUAUGAAAGUAAUGGAUCAAAGGCAUAUUCAGUGUUUUUAACUGAGAUAAGUAAGAAUGCAUCCAAUCUUGUUCUGCCUAUCAUGAGCCACCUGCUGCCACAUCUUGAUAGUGAUCCCUAUACCAUGCGCAAUUGUGUUCUUGAAAUCAUUGGUGAAGUAGUUAUUCAAAUACUGACCUCAGAAACCAUGGAUGACACUCUUCGAGAUACGAGAAAUACUUUUCUUGAUCACUUACAAGAGCAUUUGCUUGACUCAAAUGCAUAUGUACGUUCCAAAGCAUUAAAAGUAUGGCAGCGUUUAGCUCAGGAGAAGUCUAUUCCCCUGUCUCGUUUUGGUGAUCUCUUGAGUGACGUUGUUGAACGAAUAGAAGAUGUGAGCUGGACUGUUGUAAGGUCUGCUGUGCAACUUGUGAAAGCUAUCCUUGAAAGCAAUCCUUUCGGAGCUAAGAUGGAUUUGGAAACAUUAAAAGAAAAGUUAUUGUUAGAAGAAAAGACAUUAGCCAAAUUACAAGAAGAAUCCUGCAAUCUUGAAAAUAUGACUCGAGCCCAAAGAUGGGAAAUUAUUUUGCCAUCUAUCACCCUAGCACUGGAGAGCACACUGAAGACUGGUGAUAUUGAUGACAAUGAUGAACAGGAUGAGGCCAUAGAUGAAGCUGAAAUGUUAUCCACUUUAAGAGAUGUGCGAUCAUCCAUUGACAAGAAGGAGUAUGAACAAGCUGUUAGACUAGCGCGUAAAACAGAGAAAUUGUUGGCUGGUGCUUGUGAUCUUAGAAAGGACAAGCGGCUUGAAUGGCAAGUUGAUUACUUUGUCCGUAUGCUUAAGAAAAUUUAUGUGGAAAUGAGUGAAGAACAAGAAGCCGAAGGUGUUGGUGAUGGUGAUGAUGAAGACAAGGAGAAUGUUGAAAAUACACAAGGGGAUGCCAAGAAAAAAUCCAAAAAGGGUAAAAAGCGGCGACUGCAAGACUUGCAUCCUGCAGAUGAUGAGAAAGCUGGAGAAUCCGAAGCUGUCAAGGCAGCAUCUACUCAAGCAAGAGUUGUUCAAUACUUAAAGGACUGUAUUGUAUUUGCCGAGGAAAUGGGGAGAGCCAUUGAUAUGAUCACUUCUUUACUUCAUUGUGGCCAAGCACAAGUUAUUCAGGACACUGUUGAGUUUCUAAGUACAGCUUAUCACUUUGGCUUUGAUCAGUCUGAGAGUGGUAUAAAGCAAAUGCUGCUACUUGUGUGGAGUGGCGAAGCAAGUGUAAAAGAAGCUGUUGCUACAGCUUACAAGUCUCUGUACCUUGAAACUCAUCCAGGAGUUCCCAUGGGAAGAGCUCAGUCUGUAGAAAUUGUGCGCAAUUUAUGCAAGCUUUUGAAAACUCUUGGGCAAAAUGAAAAGGCUGCUUUAGAGAUCCUGGUUAUUGAAUGGGUUUCAUCAGGUGCUCUUGACAAAUCUUGCAUCCAGGUCAUGUGGGAGAGAUUUUCGAGGACUCUCACGGACACAACUGCAGAUGAAAGCCAAGGAGCUCUUCAACUUUUAACCAUGGUUGCAGCAUCCACCAUGCGUACCGUGCAAACAAAUAUUGAUGUCCUGGUCAAAGUUGGUUUUGGAGUGAAAGGUGAAAGACAAAGUGUCAUUAUUAAAGACACUUGUGCUGCUCUUUUGAAAUUAGUGCCCAGUGGGAGGGUGACAACUGAUGAGGAACCUUUGAGGUAUCCAAGAGAUCACUGUAUGUUCCAAACACUAAGUGAUAUUUUAAGAGAAGGCUUUACAGACACUGAGGAUCAUGAAUACCUGUCUAUGGCUGAAGCGGCUUUGGAUGUGAUUUAUCAGCUUUCAGAGAAACCAGAUACAACAUGUGGUGAAAUCUUGACUGAUGUUUUAGACCAAGUGAAGGAAGCUCAAAAUUUUGAGCCAAAUGAGGGUGAAUCCAAGGAAUUACACUGUUCUGCAGAACUUUUGACCAGGCUCAUUUUCUUCAUCGGCCAUACUGCCUAUCAGCAAUGGGUACAUCUAGAUAAACACAUGUUCCGAGAACUGAAGCGACGCAAUCGUUUGCGUGAAAAGUUUGCAGAAGAAACAAAGGAUCUUAAGACAAAGGCAGCUGCUACUAAAGAGAAGAGAAAGAAGAAAGGAAGCCAAAGCAAAGACAACCCCAAUGAAUCAGCCUUGCAAACUUCAGUACUCUCUGCUUCACACAUCCUUUUGGAGAAACAAGAAGCUGAUGAUGAACUGGGAGGUGACAUAGGAGCUGAUGAUGCUGAGGCUGAGUAUAUAAACACUAUUUGUGAAUCUGAAAUACUCUCUGGCGACAAUCUUCUUUCAAAAUUGAGUCCUAUUGUUGUCUCUGUCUGUGCCAACCCGCAAAAAUUCACCAGCAUCCACUUGCAAGCAACAGCCAGCUUGUCCCUCACAAAGUUAAUGCUUGUGUCGUCUGAUUUUUGUGAGAGGCAUCUUCAGUUGGUGUUUACUAUGAUGGAAAAAUCGUCAGUACCUGAGAUACGGUCUAAUUUGGUGUAUGCCAUGGGAGACUUAGCAAACAGGUUUCCAAACCUUAUUGAACCUUGGACAAAACACUUCUAUUCCCGGCUGGGUGAUAACUCAUCCAAAGUCCGUCAAGAUACAAUUUUGGUGCUGAAACAUUUGAUCACAAAUGAAAUGGUAAAAGUGAGAGGCCAAAUUUCUGAUUUAGCCCUUUGUAUUGUUGAUCCUGAAGCCCAAAUUUCUGGCAUGGCAAGUAUGCUUUUUGAAGAACUUUCAAAAAAAGGCAAUACAUUGUACAAUGUUAUGCCAGACAUUAUUUCAAGAUUGUCCAAUCCAAGCUCUAACGUGGAGGAAGAAAAGUUUCAGACUAUUAUGAAGUUUUUAAUGCAACUUAUUCAGAAGGAUCGCCAAAUGGAGUCCCUGAUAGAUAAACUGUGUCAGAGAUUCCGAGCUUCAUCUCAUGAAAGACAGUGGUCUGACCUAGCGUAUUGUUUAGGAUUAAUGCAGUACUCAGAUAGGUCUUUACGUCGUCUUCUAGAAAACUUACCGUGCUAUGCUGAAAAGCUCACUGUUCCAAGUAUUUAUGACACAUUUUGUGACAUUCUACAUCAAGCUGGAAAAACACAAAAACCUGAACGUUUACAAAUUGUUGAAGAACUAACUUCAAAAAUAAAUGAGUGCUUACAAAAAGGUCUCCCAGAGGGUGGAAGUACAAAGUGUGAUUCUGCUACUGCUGAAAGCCAAGAUUCUGAUGAUGAGGGAAGGAAACCUUCCCUAUCAUCACGCACACCUGGUAGACGACUCAAAAUAGAACCUCGUACUCCUGGAGGUCGAGGAAGAGGAAGAGGGAGAGGGAGAGGAUCAAACAGAGGUCAAGGCAGGAAUGUUAGGAGGCGAAAUACAAUGGCUGCUAUUUCAUCUGAAGAAGAAUCGUCUUCUUCAUCUGAAAGUGAUGAUGAUGAUGUUUUUGUGAAGAAGUCUAAUGCCAGAAGAAGAGGCAGACGUUAAAAUUGAAGGUCAAUUUAAAAAUUAAUCAUUACCUGAAUUGCAUGUUUUUAUAAUACAACAUAAAUAAUCUUUGUUUCAUUAUUUUACUUCUAUCAAAUGCAUGUGUAAAUAUCAUGAUUUUUUAAUAAAUGAAUAUUUUGAAUUAAAUCUAUUGUAAAAGAAAA